UUCCUUACAUUUUCUUUUAAAUAACACAAUGUUGCGCACCACUUUUAACGCUUUUAACAAAUCAACCCGUCUUAUUCAAAAGCCCCUUUCUAUUUCUGGUGCUCGUUUCUACCAUGAAAAAGUUAUCGAUCACUACGAACGUCCUCGUAAUGUUGGCUCUUUUCCCAAGACAGAUACUGAUGUUGGUACUGGUCUUGUUGGUGCCCCUGCUUGUGGCGAUGUGAUGAAAUUGCAAAUUAAAGUAGACGAUGCUACUGGUAAAAUUGUUGAUGUUAAAUUCAAGACAUUUGGAUGUGGUUCUGCUAUUGCUUCUAGCAGUUUCAUGACUGAACGUGUUCGUGGUAUGACCCUCGAACAAGCUGGUCAAAUCAAGAAUACUGAGAUUGCAAAGGAAUUAUGUUUGCCUCCUGUCAAGUUGCAUUGCUCCAUGUUGGCUGAAGAUGCUAUCAAGUCUGCCAUUAAGGAUUAUAAAAAGAAGCGCACUGCUCGUUCCAGCAGUGCAUAAACAUGUUCAGUUGACACUCUUGACUAUAAAAAAAAAAUUUUUUUUCAUCAAAAAAAGAAGAAAGCAAGUCUAUGUUUCUAUUUUUUUGGCUUCAAAUUCCAUACAUAUUUAUUCUUUUCUUUUUUUUAU